AAAUGAUAAUGCAACACAAAUUAAACCUAAUAGCUCAUAACAAACAUACUAAAAAUUGUUCUUUCUUGACUUUAAUCAUCAAUGGCUUAUUUCAAACUUGCUUCUUUGGCUGUUUUCUUGCUUGCCACAUUCUUAAUGUUCCCAACGAAGAAUGUAGAAGCACAAAGUUGUAGCGGUGCUGUUUGUAUAAGAUUUAAUACAGAAUGCGAUGCUGGUUGUUAUUGUCACACGGCUGGGACAGAGCAAACUGGUGUUUGUCGUCCGAAUGUAGAUGGUAUGGAAAUGGAAGAGCGACAUCCUUACCUUUGUCAGUCUCAUGAUGAAUGCAACAAGAAGGGAAGUGGGAGCUUUUGCGCUCGUUCUCCUAAUUCUGAUAACAAAAAUGGCUGGUGUUUUGCAUCUUUCUCUGAGGCACAAGAGUACUUCAAGUUUACCGCCAAGUAUAAAUUCAAAAGAGACUUCCUUAAAAUGCCUAUCACUGCUUAAAAAUAAAAACUACCACGCAUGAAAUCAUGUAUCUUAGUACUUUAAAUUAACAGUCUUUGUUUGAAGCUAUAAAGUUGGAUUUCUUAAUAUAUGUUGGUUUUGGUGUUUUAUUUUCCUUUGAUGUUUUCCGGAUGCUUUGGCUAUUUCUUCUAGUUUUAUCUAUAGUAUACACGAUUUCCAUGGUAA